CGAGUUCUAGAUACUUUUGUCUAGCGUUCGCCGCUCAGUCGCAAAAUCGUUUAGCGCCGAGACGGACGGCCAAGCCGUUGGGAAAUUAUUCGAAACAAAAUAAAAAAAUACGGGAAAAUCGCUGAAACAACAGCGAAGCGAAGACGACACGUCGAGUGUCUCUUGUUGUAACGUUGACGCGAGUGAAAAGCGCUUUUCUAUUUUCGCCUCAAGUGCAGCCUCCUCGCUGCUGCAAAACCCAAAAAAAAAAAACUGAAAAAAAUCGAGAAAAAAAUCCCCAGCAACGUUUCGCUUUUACACAAAAUAAACACUUGACGCGUUUGUCUUACUUUCUAAAAUAAAAUAAGAAAAUCCGCAAGAAGAUCUGAGAAAAGAAGCUAGACGACCGCGUUUUUGGGCGGGCCAAUUUUAGCCAGGUUGACAAAAUGCUGGCCCUCAAGGAGUGCCUCAUACGGGAGGGUGUUCUCAAUCUGGACAGCCCCGAAAAGUACCGGCCUUACCAUCUACACGGCAGCAAAAGCAGCGGUGCCAUGGAUUUUCCCCGAUAUCGCAAAACCAUUGCGGCCUCAAGUGACUUAUCCACAGCACCUGCCACUGCCAAAACCAGCUGCCAGCCACCUGAGCCACUAAAACAGAAGCAACCGCAGCAGCAGACCACCAAGGACUCGGAGGACUCCAGUUCGCAGAAGAGUGCUCCAGUCCAGUCGUAUCGUGGUCAGCAUCCGCACUUCCACCACCACACCACGCCCGCUUACUAUACGGAUCUCCAGCUGAGGAUACACACGCCGAAUGCAUCGGAUGUGGGCGCCUUGAACGAGAACUAUCGAAGUGUUUACAGUACGCCGAGCACCCAGCUGGUGGAGCAGCGAUCGUUUCCGAAGAGCUCCACGGCCACAAAGGAUCCACCGCUGCCCAUAAGCAAUCCGGCCAGGGGAACAUUUUUUCGUGGCGACUCUGCGUCCAGCGACAGCCACUCAAGACUCCGCCGGAGUCAGCAGAGAACCGGCAGCGAGGGACGCUUCUUCAGAUACUCUCAGGGAUCUGCGAGCCCUACCAAAGGUGAACCUCCAUUCGGCCACGAAGGUGGUGCGCAGCCACCCGUUGUCGCCAGUCACUCCCCCAUCACAUCCACCAGCACCACCACCAUCAGUAGUUGUAACCCCGUAGAGCAGGCUAGUCCACCACCAAACGUAGUUAAUCCCAGCGGAUCCGGUCGCAACAGCCGGCACAAGCAGCGUUUCCAGAGUCGAUCUCGGCGAGCGGUGCGCGUGCGCAGUGAAUCGCGUCCAAUUAGCGCCCUCUACGACAUAAUAUGCAAGGAGAAGAACCUGGAAAACAGCAGCAGCAGCAGCAGCAACGAGCAGGAAAAGAAGAGGGAUCAGGAGCAGCCUAAGGCCACAACCGACAAGCUGGCGACCUUUUGGCCCCUGCACCAUCACUACCUCAAUCCCCCGAUGAGCAGCGGCAACUCGGGCGGCAGUAGCGGCAAUCCCAAGCAGCAGCAGCAACAGCAGCAAGAGCAGCUGGGACACCAGCAACAUCUUGUGCUAGGAGCAUCCAAGGAGUUGCCCGCGGGCAGCAGCAGCAGCAGCGAUGAAGAGGGAUCGUUGCGCACUCUGCACUCCAGUCGCAAGGUGACCAAUCUGAAUGCCAAGGCCACCUCUCUGCCACCCGAGGAAGGACUCUUGGGUGAUGUCUCCCUUGAGUCGUCCUCCAACCGACUGAGUCUGCGACUGGCCAGGAGCCUGGAGCCCUCAGUCCGUAAUAUCACUGCAUCCGCUUCCCAGGAAGUGCAGAGCUACGAUGCGGGGGAGCCCGUGAAUACCAAUCGAUUGUUUGUGGAACCCCCCAAGAUAGCACUGUCUGUCAUCAGAAACACGCUCGUCGAUCACGACCUGGAGAUCGAGGAGUGCGACAGCACCACCCAGUUGGGUCAGGAGGAUGUCUACGAUACCCUCGAACGCUGGAGUCUCGGGCUCUGCGCGGAGCCGCAGCUAUUGAACGGCGCGAAUGGUUACGAUCAAUCUGAUCCCGAAGCCGACCAUCAAACCGAUCAUCAGCAUGCACAUCAAUCAUUGCCAGUAGAACCCAAGUCUCAUCAUCACCAGCCCCACCAGGCCACCAAUGCGCGCAGAUUCAUAACGCGCACCACGCGUUCCGCCAGUCGCCAGAGUUCCGCCGGACACUCCCCGCCUCCGCCGCUGCAUCGCAGUGACGACUCCUCCAGCAGUUCACCCUCACCCAGCCGCAGACGGAAUAAGCCAGGUGGUGCUCCUGCCGCCACCGAUCCACCAUCCUCGUCGGCGAACGGGAAUAGCUCCGCCUAUGAGACGGCAGCCACCACUGUGAUGACCCAAGACCAGCAGCGACAUCCUCCAGUUGAAGUUCCUACGGCUCUAACCGUCGAGCCAACCCAACCAGAAGACAUCGUCCCGGGCGCCUGCCCCACUGCAUCUGCCCACUCAGCAGCCAGCCAAAGUCGAGGAAAAGCUGGCAAAUGCAGUAUUAAUUGCACCUACAGUCACAGCCACAGCCACAGCACCAACAACAACUGCAACGCGCGGCAACGCAACAGCAACAACAGCAACAACACCAGCAGCAUCAGCAGCAAAAGCACCUGCAACAACAAUAGCAAACAGCAACACGCCACGCCCAUGCCGCCCCUAGCCAAUGCCAACAAAGCCCCGUUAAUUGUGCUUAAGACAGCCGCAUCUGCAGCAGCAACAUCCAUUGCCGCAGCAGCAACAGCAGCCACAUCCACCGGCACGGCAGCAACAUCUGCUGCAGGUUCGCCCACCAAGCGUCGCAAGAAUCCGCUGUCGCCGCUGCUCCUUGGCAGCCAGUGCCAGUCCACCAUUGCGCCUCCGCAGGCCAUUGCCAGUCCGCUCCUGAGCGGCGGCAGCUGCUCCUCCUCGACCACCUCGCCCCAAUCCUCGCCAGCGGUUCGCACCACCAAGGCGAGUCGUCUGCGCGCCGCCGCGCUUGAUAAAAAGAAGGAAGAGGAGCAGCGCCAGCGCUACAGCUCACCGGCAUCCCCAAGAGCCUCCAGCAACGGAGGACCUCAAGCACAUCCACAUCGUCGUCUAAGCAGCUCGGAGCUGUCGCCCAAGUCGCCAGGUGCCAGUGGAUUCACCUCGGAGCCAGUCGCUUCAGCCACCGCCAACAAAGUCCCGGCGAGAUCUGCCUCCCAUCCUGUGGACACACCGCCCACUCAAAGGCGACAGCCUUUGGUGGCCGUGAGUUCGGACGUCUCCAUGAAGCAGAGUCUCAGUGAACUGCACUUUACGGGCGGAGCAAUCAGUCCGCCCAAGGCUACGGCGGAAUGCACUCUUAGGAUGCGACCACGUAGCUCCACGUUGAGCACCGAGAACACGGAGAAUGGCCGACGUGACCACUUGGCUAAUCUGCAACUAAGUCCAGUGCAAAAGCAAAAGCGAACGCCCGAAGUAUCGCCACGUCGUUUGGGAGAUCGCGACAAGUCGGCCAAACGGAAAUCGAAUUUGAAUCGUUCGUUGACCGAGGAAGCCACCAAGGAUGGCGAUGAGGUUGCCUCCUCGACCCGUCGACGCCGACGUCGCGAACUGGGAAUGGCGCGUCCACUGGUGCCAGGCGAUGAUGAAGCCCUGAGAGAUUUGCUAACGCCGCAGAAGAGUUCCUGCAGCGAGUCAACCCACUCCAUAUCCGAACCCUUACUGAAGUUUCUACCAGCCGUUCGUCAUCCGGAGGUCCCAGUACGCACCAUGACUGCUGUGCUGCCUGCACCACGACCUUUGCAUGCCCCUGUGGCACGCAACGUCUCCCAGAAGUUCAAUGAAAGGACCAAAACCGAUCUGGCAGAGAUCAAGAAGAUUGCCGAGCAAUCGGAUGCGUUGCAGCAACAGCCUUCGGUGGAUGAUAACCAGAAAAUGUCAGCCAUAAUGCGCAGGAAGAGCACGGAUGAGGGUGGAGCCGCUUUGGGGGCAACGAACCAGAAUUCACCACCUGCCCCAAACCAAAUUGUAUCCAUUCUGAAGAAGAAGGAGCAUGGACUGGGCGAGUGCAACUCCAGUGCUUCGAGCAAUCCCUCGCCGGUAACCUUCUCCUCUAGCGUGGUGGAUCAUCCGUUGGCUGGAGCUGGUCGGUGCAAACGGCAGGGAAUACUCAAAAAGAGAUCGAGUCUAGAUGAAUCACGCUACUACUCCCGGUCCCAUUCACCCGACGAACGAAGUAUUUUAAUUAAAUCGGCCAGGAGGAAUUCUCUGGAGGAAGCGGGCACUGGAUUGAGUCCGGCCCAGGCCCAUGGAAUUCUGAAGCAGAGCAGCUACGACAGCAGCAAGAGCGAUGGUUGCCCCUCGGCCACGGAGAGCCAGCCACACAGCAUCCUAAAGAAGAAGGACUCGCUAUCCACACCCUCGGAUGGCGGAUGUCACAAGCAUGUUUCUAUUUCGCAAGCUGUCACCUUGGCUGCAGCUGAACUGGCCGCCCAUGAUGGAAUCCCCUUCGAUGAUGGCGAGGAGCAUGAGAUACGACCCAUCCUAAAGCAGGAGAGCACCUCCAGCGAGGAGGCUGUGCGUCCGCCAAAGCCCAUACUCAAAAAGAAGUCAUUCGGCGAGGCGGACGAACAUGAAAUACGUCCCAUACUGAAGAGCUCUCGUAAAAGCAGUCGAGAGGAGUUCGAUUUGAGUGGCUUUGAAAACGAGGCCAAUGAUUCCCUAUCGUCAAUCCUAAAGACAGACUCGCCGUCCAAGCGUCGGUCGCUCGGUUCCGCAUUGCAUGAUUUGGAUGAGUCCAACACGUCUCCGAGCCUGCUAAAGAGGCGUACCCGUUCGCUGGAACGCCAAGAUGUCCAGCCUGGUAUGAAUUUGGCAGCUGCCCUGGACGCCAUCGCCACCUCGCAGGCUGCUCCCAGCACACCAGUGGACUUCGUGACCACGCCAUCAAGCAUAUCGGUGGCGGAGCGGAUUAAGCGCAUGGAGCUGCUGUCAACGCCCACUUCCCGUGCGGCGGGUGGGGCCAACAGCAGCUGGGAAUCGCCACUGCAGGCCUCGUCAUCGGACCAUGGAGGACCCACCACCCCUAGGGUGCUCAAGCCAAGUGUGCUGCGCAGGGAUUUGCAGAGGGAGCGGUACAAAACGCAGCCUGUGACCAACGAGGAGAUGAGCUUCUUCAAAGCCAACUCCGCGCCCUUCGACAUCUCGGCCACAUCGGCCUUCAAGCCCACCAAGCCGCUGGACAUCCGCUUGACCCACGCACCGCACCCACCGCUGAUCUCCCCGAUAACCGGACAGCCACUGAGCCACGUGCCCGCCCCACUGCUGCUGUCCUCGUCGACGAACUCAGGAGCGGGAUCCUCGUUCCGCCUGGCACGCAGCUCCACCCAGCCGCUGCAGUCGCCGCGAGUUGUCCACCUGGCCGGUCAGGCUACUGGUGGCCCCGCCUUGGCGCAAUCCUCGCUGCUGGCACGCCAGAACUCGGUCAACGACAGCAUCAAUCUCAGCGAGCAGCUAACCCUCUCCAUCGGCACAGACAGCGAGCACAUCUUUGAGAUGUCCGCUUUGGAGGAGGACUCGGCCAUCCAGUCGCUGAGCGACGAGACAGCCGCUUCCGCUUCCGCAUCUGCAUCUGCAAACUCCACCUCCACGACCACCGCAACCACCAUGACACCGCCCAGUGGCCUAACGCGCAGCAACAGCGUUCGGGCCAGGGCCAAUAUGUUCCAGCAACUGCAGGAGCAGUCGCGCAACCAACGGGCAACGGGAGCCUCCCGUCAAUCUCCACCAGCGCCAGCGGAGGUGUCUUCAAGUGCUGCCGACAAUUCCUUACAGAGUGACGAGCGGUCCACGCCAAACGCCACGAUGGAUGCGGAAUUCGAACCCUCAUCCCUGUCGCUGGCUGAGCGGCUGGCCUUCUUCAGCAAUCUUUGCGAGAGCGGCGGAGGAGGUGGGAGUGCCAGCGCCAGCGGAAGAUACCGCAGUCGCACCAGCAGCUACUCGAGGAGUCCGCCCGUCGAUCGCACCACUCCCAGGAGCAGCACCACCGCCAGCAGUACAAGUGUGACGCCCACGCCCAUGGACUACUCCCCGAUUCCACACGACAAGGAGCCCUCCAGUCUCACGCUAGAGAGCAUCAUCGAGCCCGAGCAGGAGGAGGUCAGGGAGCAGGUCGGCCAGGAGGAGGUCAAGUUGAGGAAGAAGCAGCCACUCCUGAGGGAAUCUUCCCAGCACAAUGGCUUCCACGUGCUAACCAGGUCCGCCACCGAGCCGCCAUCGUCCACGUUGCCCCUGCCCAUAAGCUGUAGGACUGUAGGAAAGCUAGUCCUGCCAGAUACCUUCCGCGGCGAUCGCAACAAUAACAGCAGCACUAAAAGUGGCAGCACCAGCUGGAGCAGCUCUUGCAUGGUCAAGCUGCAGAACUUGGAGCCCGUAAGCCUGUCCGUUCACUCCCGCACCAUUGGCAAGGUGAAGUCUCCGUUUAUAGAAAAGCAGCAGGAGAAGCCGCAUGCCGAGAAGCUGACGAACGGCAUCAGCGACAGUGGCUCGGACUCGGGCAAGGAAAACUGCGCCUCCAACGAGCAGGAGCAUCUGCAGCACCAGCCGAGCCAGCAGACCCAGCAGUCGCAGGAUGAGGAUCGAGCUCCGCCCAGGGUGUCCGAGAUGCGGAGGAAAAUCAGCCGACUGGUGCAACAGCAGCAGACGCAACCACAGCCCGUCAAUCGGCGGCACACCACCGAGAUCACCUCCGUGACCAUAGGACUGCGAUCCCCCAAUGUGGACGAUCGCUUUGCCAAGUACUUUGGUGUUAAGGAGAGCGGCAACAGCACGACCACCCUGCAGAAAACACAAUCGCUGCCACCCAGCCAAGUGGAGGCCACCAAUGCGCACGUGAAACUGCCGCAGAUCACUACCGUGGUUUCCAAACGGCGGGAGCUGCUCAAGAGGACGCGACCCCUGUCCAUGGAUCACUACUCCAGCGGCUGCACCAGUCCCACAGCCAUGCCAAGUCCCAAGAGAGCACAUUCGCCCGUCGGCCGGCGGAAGGUCGCCAUUUCCAGCAUCGAGGACAUUGAGGUUACCCCCGAUGAGCUCCGCUCCGCUGGCAGGAACUUCAAGCUGUUGUACGGCGAGUUACUGGGCUGAAAAAUUGUCUAUUUUGGCCAAGCAUUCAAAAUUUCCCAAUUUUUCAAAUUUCCCAAAACCCCUGCUUUCACUUACGAACACAAAAAUAUCGCUCUCUUCGUGUGGGUCCGCGCUCAGUGUGAUAGAUGCGUCCGAUCCCAAUUGCAAGCUAUUAACUAUCUAUUAGUCUCAUAGUAAUCCCAAAAAAGAAAACAAAAAGAACGAAUCGAAAAUUCCACAGAUAUGUCAAGCGAAAACGAAACUAAUAAAUGAAAAAACGAUGUAUGUUAGGAAUGUAUUUAAACCAAGAGACAGUUUUAUUCCCAACGGCUCGUAUAUUAUGUCUGGCCAGCAAAGCCUUCCAGUUUACAUUUAUCCUAUAUUAUUAUGCCGAACUGCUUUUGUGCUUAUUUAUACAUAAUACACUACUUUUUAUUUACAUUUAAAAACGAAUUGUACCUUAAACGGAAUUAUAUUAUGAUGAGUAUGUAUUACAUUUAUUAUUAUUAUUGUAAUAUUUAAUUAAUGGAAGUUGUUAAACCAAGAAAAUAAAUCCAAGAAAUGUGCUAAAGAA